UAUCUCUGAACAUCCAUGAAAGGGCUUCCUGGAAAACAAGACAAAACAAAACAAAACCCAAGUGUCCCGAUGGUACAUGGCUCCACAGCGCCAGGAGACGGAGACCCACUCUGGCAGGCACUGAAAUGAUAAGAGUGGACACUGAGUGAGUUCUGCAGACUCACUGAACUCUGAGCUCACUUGCAGUUCAAGGGGAGCCAUGCAGGAUGAAGACGGAUACAUCACUUUGAACAUUAAGCCCCGAAAACCAACUCUGAGCUCAGCUGACUCUGCUUCUUCAUGGUGGCGUGUGAUAGCUCUAAUUCUGCUGAUGUCAUCCAUGGGGCUGGUUGUUGGGCUGGUGGCUCUCGGCAUCAUGUUUACACAGCAGAGGUACCUACUAACGGAGAAGGAAAGCCUCUCAGCCACUCUGCAACAGCUGGCCAAGAAAUUCUGCCAAGAGUUGAUUUGGCAAAUAGAGCUCAAGACAAAGAACACUUAUGAGCACAAGUGCAGUCCCUGUGCCUCAAGGUGGAGAUACUACGGAGACAGUUGCUAUGGGUUCUUCAGACAAAACCGAACGUGGGAAGAGAGCAAGCAGUAUUGUGCUGAGCAGAAUGCAACACUCGUGAAGGCUGCGAACCAGAGGACUGUGGAAUACCUCACAAACAGGACUACUUCGGUCCGUUGGAUUGGGUUAUCACGUCAGAACUCUAAUAAGGACUGGAUGUGGGAAGAUGGCUCAAUUCUUCCGAAGAAUAUGAUUGAUCUUUCUGGGAAUCCAGGAGAAAACAUGAAUUGUGCUUAUCUUUAUAAUGGGAAAAUCUAUCCAGCUUCCUGUGAGGACAGACAUUAUUUAAUGUGUGAGAGGAAGGCUGGCCUGACAAGAAUGGACCAACUGCUUUAAGGAUGAACAGGAUGUCAGAUAAGUGCUUGAUUAUACAAUAAAAGAUCUGGAGAAAAGAA